AUGAAAGAUCAAUCGAAAAUAGGCUAUAUGUCAUCAACUCCAAUGUUGGCCAAAACGUCAUCGACGGCUGCUGCAGCAGCAGCAGCAGCAACAGUAGCUGCUGCAUUCAGUGCAUCACCGUCGGCUGUCGGACGACGUCGCCAACUGAGCAUCAACGGUAAAUGCAAUACUGAUGGGCAACGAAUCAAGAAG